CACGGCCACCGUCAGUUCGUUUUUCAAGUUUUCAAAGUGUGGUUGAGUCGGUUGUUCGUCGGACGCGCUUCUCUUUCUGUUUGUUAUUUAAAGAGAAUUCUGUUGUGCUUAAUUCUGUUAAUAACAACAAACAACAAAAGUCUACAAUCGAAGUCGAGGGCGCAGUAAAAAAAAAAAAUAAAAAAGAGAACGCAGCAGAGACUGCGCUGCAAAAGUGUGUAAAUAAAUUCAAUUAAUAUAAAAGGAAAACGUAAAGGAAAAAAAACCAGUCGUCGUUAGCGUUGUCGUUGUCGUUUAUGUGUUUACGCUGUUCGGUUGCCGUUGCUAUUUGGUGCAAAGAGUGCAGUGUGAAAAUUAACGUAAACGUAAACAAUAAUAAUAAUCGAAAAAAAAAUUGCCUGUUUGAUAAAUUACAACACAUACACACACACGCCACCAAUACCAAUACAUUCUCACAUUCACAUUCUCUCGCAGCAGCGGCGGCGUUUGUUGUUUUGUUGUUGUUGUUGUGUGAGUGUGCAAGUGGCCACAGCUGAAGAAAGGUCAAGCGUUGCGUAAACACACACACAUAGUUGUAUAUAUAUAUGUAUAAUUAAAGUCUCGAUCGUGUUAGCUGCAAAUCGGGCAAAAUUCAGUUCGUGUACGUAUAUAACACCACUGCCCCCCACGCCGCGGAAAUCAGCCACGAUUUAGAGUCGGACACCGAGUGGCUCGAGGACGCUGACGAAGAGAGAGAGACAGAGAGUUUCAGCAGGCAAGCGGAAGCAGGAAACAAAGCAAACACCAACAACAACAACAACAGCAACUACCAUACAAACAUAAAUAUCAUGGCGGUGCGCAAAAAACAGGACGACAAAUACCUGCUAGCUCUGCGGGAGCUGGUGAAUAGCGGGGCAGGGAAUCGUCAGUGCUUCGAUUGUAACCAGAAGGGGCCCACCUACGUGAACAUGACCAUCGGCUCGUUUGUCUGCACACGCUGUUCGGGUGUACUACGCGGCCUGACGCCACCACAUCGAGUGAAAUCCAUAUCGAUGGCCACUUUCACACAGGAAGAGCUGGACUUUCUCCAGGCGCACGGCAACGAGCUGUGUGCAAAGACGUGGCUGGGAUUGUGGGAUCCGAAACGGGCCACACCGCAGCAGGAUCAACGUGAGCUCAUGAUUGAUAAGUAUGAGAGGAAGCGGUAUUAUCUGGAGCCGGCAAGUCCAUUAAAAUCGCUGGCCAAUGCCGUCAAUCUGAAGCAAACAACGUCGUCCAACAAUAAUAAUAAUAAUAAUAAUGAUAAUGCACACAAUGGCUACAAUGGUCACACUGGCCACACUGUCAUCUCGCAGUGCAAUGGUUAUGCCAGCAUUCAUCUAACACCUCCGACUCAACAGCGCACAGCAGCCAAUGGUCUGGCCAAGACGGCAUCCAGCACAACGGCCAUCAGUCGUCCACAGCAUCAUCAUCAUCACAAUCAGAAUCUAAAUCAGCACUCGCAUCAUGAUGCGUUCAACGGACUGGGUAUGGGUAUGGGUUUGGGUUUGAGCAGCCUCAACAGCGCCGGCUCCACUUCCACGGGCGCCCUUUCAGAUACGAGCAGCUGUGCCAGCAAUGGAUUCGCUGGUGACUCCGAUUUUGUGGCCGACUUUGGCAGCGCCAACAUUUUUGAUGCCACCUCGGCGCGUUCCACUGGCUCGCCGGCUGUCUCCUCGGCCAGUUCCGUUGGCUCCAGCAAUGGUUAUGCCAAAGUUCAGCCCCUUAGAGCGGCACAUCUCCAGCAACAACAACAGCAGCAGCAACAUUUGCUCAAUGGAAACAGCUCAGAGAAUUUUGCGGAUUUCGAGCACGCGCCCAUCUACAAUGGAGUUGCAGGCGCCACACUGCAGAGCAGUCAGCUCAGUCAGUCGACGUUGGGUCAGAAGAACAGCCCCAAGGGAGGCAGUGCACCCAGCGCGGAUCGCUAUGCGGCACUCAAGGACCUCGAUGAGCAGCUGCGUGAGUUGAAGGCCAGUGAAGCAGUUGCCACAGUUGCCACAGAGGCGCCAACGCCAACGAACAACAACCACAGCAACACACACAUUGCCGACGCCUUUGGCAGUGUUGCAGCUGUUAAUCCUUUCAAGAACCAACAGCAACAGCAACAGCAGCAGUUGCUCAUCAACCACGUGGUGAAUCCUUUUCAGGCAAACAACAAUAACAACAACAACAACCAGAACCAGAACCACAGCACACAUCAUCAACAUCAUCAACAACAACAGCAGAAUCUCUAUGGUCAGCUGACGCUUAUACCAAAUGGCUAUGGCAGCAGUCCCCUUCAGAAUGUUGGCCAACAGUUGAUGCAACCAAAAACAGCAGCAACAACAACAACAACGGGGCCACAUGCCAGUUUCUUUAAUUUCAAUAAUAAUGGCUUUGCUGUCGCGCAGGGGCUGCCCAAUGGCUGUGGAUUUGGCAGCAUGCAGCCAGCUCCUGUCCUGGCCGGCGGAAUGUCCAGCGCUUUUAAUAACCCAUUUGCAGCCAGCGGCGCCAUCAAUACCAAUAAUCCAUUUUUAUGAGAUCCAGACUCGAUCGGCAGGACGAAGGACCAACAACAUCAAACAGAGCAGCACACAACUUGGCUAAGACGCAAGGAGACAAAGAAAAUAAAAAGAAAAGAAGAAAUUUGAGAAGAAAAGCCGCUGAACAAAUGCAAAAGUGAACCGAAAUUAGUCCAUUUUACGAACAAUAGCUAUAAUAAUCUACAAAGUAACACAAGUUAUAUAUAUAUAUAGUAUAGUACAUCCAUAUACAUAUGCGUAUGUACACACAUGCUGAAGAUGGAUUCUCAAAGUUGAGAAUCAAUUGCGACAGAUCGUACAAUAUAUACAUAUAUAUCUAUCUAUCUAUAUAUAUAUAUAUUCUUUUACAAGCUAACUCUACAUAUAUUUAUACGGCGAUUAAGAUAUUGUCUCCAAAUAUAUAUAUAUAUAUAUAUGUAUACAUAUAGAAUAUUGGCGAGUAACUAAAGAUUUGUAUUUAACGUUGCCUUUAGCAUUCUACAGACUUUUUACUAAACUAAAA